UCGGCGUUCUGGGCAUUGACUUCCCGCUUAACAGGCCUGCUGGCGACAAUGUCUGACAAUCACAAGUUCACCAGUACUUCGACCACGACAGAUGCACAAUGAAUGGAGCAAAUUGCAAUUAUACGGCCCGCCAUUGUGUAGUGGCUCAUAGACGCUUCUACUCGUUUGCGCUUCUGGGCCCGAUUAGAAUUAUGUCUGGGCGUCUCCUUUGCGUAAUUUCGAGCUCGUGCUGUCUUCCAUUUAUAACAUCUCACGCGCUGUGCAGGAGAACGCAAGUCCUCGAGCCUCGUCGCUGAACGUACCAUUGACUUAUUUAUACGCCUGCAAGCAGGUCAUAUCGGCUUCAUUGCGGGCAUCAUCGUAAUAUCCGAAUCCGCGUCCGCCACAUUUCGAUCUGCCACUUCCACGUAUCCGCAAGUCCGUACUGGAGAAUGCAUAAAUGGCGACCGAAUCCUGCCAGUCCCCUACCUACCCACAUCCACCCAUCACACCCGUCUUCCAUGAUGAACACCGACUCGUAUUCUAACGACAUCGGCGCACUCAUGCAAUUCAGCCCAUACUCGCGUGUCCCGCUUACGGGGCUGGCGAACCCAGCACUCGAUGGCGAAAAUUUCAGCUCCAAUCGCGAUCAGGACAACUGGAAUGUGCCCGAGCUGGUCGCUCCUGGACUGACGAGGCCUUACAAGCCCGAUGUCCCGCCGCUCGCCCCAGAUGGUCCGUCCGCGGCUGAUCUUCAGCACGCACGAGAGUGGGUUGAAUACCACCUCCCCGACAUCCAGUUUGAUGUCGAGCACACCCAGGCAUUCCGCAUACCGGAGGAGCAGGUGGAGGAGUACCACAGUCUGCUGGACAGACUGCGGGUCGAUGUCCGCUUUGUGAAGCACCACCUGCUCAAAUACGUGUGCGCGUUUCCUGAGGACUACCUCCAGGGUCUAUUGCUAGCGAUCGAGUUCAUUGAGUGCCAGGACAUAGCGUUACAAGCGGGAGUCCCAGACUACCUGCUGGACCUGUGGCACAUCCGCGCAUGUGCCGAUAGGUUCUACACGCUUAUGCUCAACCUGCCGUACUGGUGGCUCUGAGACUCCGCCGCUGCAGGCUGCUAGCCCCAGCUGGUCUGGGAGACAUUGCACCCUUGCCUUUCGCGUUGGGAGUCUGUCUGCAUCAGAUCCGA